AGAAAAAAGGUUUUCAGUUUAAAACAGAAAUUUGAAGAAAAUAUUUUACUCUGCAUAAAUGUCAAAAUCAUAGUGGCUAUCCACACAUACGAGCAUCUCCCUUCAGAUGCAAUUAAAAACCUAUUAAAACUAUUCUGUUAGUCAGAAUAAUCCCAGGUUUUAUGUCACUUUCUAAGUUUCUAGCAGGCAAGCCCCUCAAUUGAUCUGAAAUAACCCAUGUGUUUCAGCCAGUAUAACCACUGAGUCACAUGCUUCACUGUAAAAGUCUGCAAAAAGAGAGAAGUUAACAGACCAAUCAGCCUUGCUCGCCCACACAGUGUGUACAGCCUUGUUUCUGUUCUGUAUGUAACCAUGGCAAUUGCUCAGGCAGGUACGGUGACCUGCACUUUAGAGAAGAGGGGGGCCGAUUGCUCCACCGCCGCGUCACUCAUUCAGCUGUUGCUAUCUAGUUAUGGUGAAAUUAUAAAGUGAACAGCUACGGUGACGACAACGACGAUGCCUCCAGCUCGUCAGACAGCGAAGAUGAGGUCCUAAGGCAGUUUGAGAUGUCCGUGUCUCGUUCACAGAAUUUUCGUACUGCAGCAGCCAACAUCGGUGAACAGCAGCCCCAGCAGACUCACCUGUCACUGGGUCGACGACACAAAUUUACCCGACUAUCAGACCAGGAGGAGGGCAGCACUGAGCCAUCAGACUGUGAAGAAACGGCAGCUCAAAGCCAACAGGGUUUUCAGGAUCCGCUCUCUGCGGUGGUAGAAGCAAAAGAAAGGGCAUCCAUGCUCUCUUUGGACAGACCUGCAGAAGACCACCCACUGGCCUCCAGUGACUGUCCCACCGUGAGCAUGGACCAGCAAUCUGCGGAAGCAGUGGAUCAGGACAAGAAUGAGGUCACAGAAAGCCCCUCCGCCUGGACCCCAGAGGAAGAGCCACCUCCUCUUGGCGAAGUCUCGUCUCAGCCAGGCUGUUCUUCCCCUCGAACUCCCAUCUCCAAGUGUGGAGAUCUGGUCCUCUCCCUGGAGUACCGUCCUGCUGCAGAAAAACUGCUGGUCACUGUGAUUGCGGCCCGAGAUAUCCCCGACAAGGCUCGAAGCGGGAUGAGCGCCUGGCAGGUGCACGUGGUCCUGCUGCCCUCCAAGAAACAGCGACACAAGACGUCCGUGCAGAAAGGCUCACUCCCGCACUUCAACGAGACGUUUCGCUUCUCGCGCCUGGAGCCGUCCGACCUCCAGAAGUCAGCUAUCAGGUUCAGGCUGUACGCGCUGGGUAGCAGAAUAUCACGUGAGCGAAUGAUGGGGGAGAAAGUGCUGCGUUUACGAGGACUUAACGCAGACGGGGGGACGAUGGAAACGACACUAGUCCUGGAGCCUAGAAGUAACCUGAAGAGUGUCGACUCCCAGCUCAGCCUGUCUGCCGUCUCUCAGAGCGACAGCGCCUCAUCAACCCAGUCUCUGACCCAUGGUGGCGUCCCUGAACUGCUGGUGGGUCUCUCCUACAAUGCCACAACGGGACGCAUGUCUGUGGAGCUCAUCAAGGGCAGCCACUUCAGAAACCUUGCCAUGAACAGGCCACCAGACACCUACGGACGACUGACUCUGCUGAAUUCAGUUGGUCAAGAGAUCUGUCGGACUAAGACGACAGUACGCCGUGGUCAGCCCAACCCUGUGUACAAGGAGACAUUUAUCUUCCAGGUUGCUCUGUUCCAGCUGUCAGACGUCACUCUGCUGAUCUCUAUCUACAACCGCCGCAGCAUGAAGCGCAAGGAGAUGGUGGGUUGGAUCGCUCUGGGCCAGAACAGUAGCGGCGAUGAAGAGCAGCUUCACUGGCAGGACAUGAGGGAGGGUCGAGGACAGCAGGUCUGCCGCUGGCACGUCCUGUUGGAGGCAUAAAAUAACUGUCGGGCAGGACUUUACUUUCUUCUGUGGUUUUUCUUAUAUUUUUUUAUUCUGUAGUUAGACAGCUUUAGAGCUUUUGGAAAAGAAAAGGAAAGCCUUGAUUUAGAGAGUGGAUUAUUAUGGUUAAGAUUUCAGGCCUCAGUGAUUCACAGAAUCUCCCCAAUUUUUACAUCCAGCACAGAUGAUUAGUUUGUGUCAACAUGCAGGACAAAGUCUUUGGUUCUCAGGCUGUAAUCGGUUUAAAAUACAAGCUUUCAAUUCAUGUUUCAGGAAAGAAAAAAUAUUUAAAGACUAUAAAAAGACAUUGAAGACAUUAAAUUUACUUCUGAAUUGGCAGAUAGAAGUCAAAUAUUUUUGUCUUGUUAUCUCUCACACUUCACUGCAGGACAUUUGUCCUCCUUGCUGCACUUCAGUUGUUGUAUUGAAUUGCUUUGUUAGGAAUUACUGAAAGUGUGUGUGCACUUGUUUUUUUUUGCUGUUUUUCGGGUUUUUUUGUUUUCAGUGACGGUAAACUAAACUGCAGAGAAGAAAUAGAGAGAUGUGACAUUCUGGAAAUAUUAGUGGCACAUCCUGUCGGAAGUGUCACAGAUUUGGAUUUUUGUUAUGGGUCGAGAAUGAUCAAUGUUAUAUGAGGAAGUUCAUUUAGGUCACAAAAACUAGCAAAAUUAUUCAGUAAGUAUUCAGUGAGCUCUGCAGUACAUCAGCCAUCUUUUCAUUAAGAUCUUAUGAUGUCACACCAUUUAUAUCAGAGCACAAGCACAUGGCUGCCCAUCAAUUUAACCAAUUGUAUACUCACUGGUUAAAUCCCACUGCUAGCCUGAAUGGAGUGAUUGAAAAGCAUAGAGACUGUUGAGAAAUACAUUCAAGUGAAAUGUUACUGCAAUUUACAUCCUUCCACUGAGCUUAGAGAGCUUGGUUAGCUGGUAAAAUGCAAAUAUCUAUAACUGUAAACACAAAGAAAUGAAACAAUUAUAACUGGAUGACGUCAGUUACCUGUGUCUAUAUUUCAUUGGCAUCUGUUAAUUAGGUUCAAACAGUGUGAUCACAGGUAAAUAAGCAAAAGUUUGAAGUUCUGAAUCAAAUCUCCAAGUCUACAUAAGUGGAUUGCCCUCCUGGUCACGUCUAAAUUUUUUUUGGGGGGGGGGCUUUGUUUUGUUUUGUUUCUUUAACCAGCCUCCAAAGUUUUCUACACCGUCUCAGUGGAUUAAAGUCAGACUUUCUAUUAAGGUUGGGCGAUUGGACGAAUAUAUCGACUAUCGACGAUAUAUGCAUCUCAAAUAAAUAAAUAAAUAGAUAAUCAAAAAAGUAAUACUGAAACAAACAAGAAGAGAAGGUAAAAUAUUCCCUCCAAACAAAACGUAUAAAUUCUAAAUGUGCAAAUCAGUCCGUGCAUGAUUACAUUGCUCCGCCUGUCAAAAAGUCUGCGUCUGCGUGAAUAUAUCGUCUAUCAUUCCAUCGUCAGAUUGUCGGUUGGAAAAUUUUUACAUAUCACCCAACCUGACAUUUUAACUAAAAAAUCAGCGAAUAAUCAAUUCUAUUUAUUAUAAUAAUAAUAAUGGAUUGUAUUUAUACAGCGCUUUUCGAGAACCUCAAAGCGCUUUACAAUUCCACUAUUCAUUCACUCUGACAUUCACACACUGGUGGAGGCAAUCUACAGUUGUAGCCAGAGCUGCCCCGGGGCAGACUGAUAGAAGCGAGGCUGCUAUAUCGCGCCAUCGGCCCCCAUGGCCAUCACCAGUAGGUGAAGUGUCUUGCCCAAGGACACAACGACCAAGACAGACAGGGCAGGGGACCGAACCGGCAACCUUCUGGUUACAAGAUGAGCUUUGUUGGGAAAAGCUGGUGGUAAUUUGUGGAUUCAAGGGCGCUGCUGGAGAGCUAAUCCCACAGAAACCAAACUGACAAAAAAACGACAAAAAAGUAGCUAAUCUGACUCAUUUGGAUUCCUGUUUAGCAGGUCAAAAAUCAACUUUUGUGCUUAGUCGGGGUAUUGUUUACUCCAGUAACUCCACAUGAUCAACAAUACUAAAUCCAAUACAGUAACCCUUAGUACCUGUAGGCAAAUUGUUAUGUAAUCCAAAACUGAUGCAAGCAAAAAGAUACAAAUUUAAUUAAGUCAUCACACAGAAAUUUAAUGAUUCAAAUAAAAAAAGGGUUUCAUUCAAAUUGGUGGUUCUUAAAAUUAGAUAUUAAAACCUCUAAAGAAUAACACUUUACAUAUUAAAUCUUAAUUUCUGUAACAAAAAUUAAGCCAAAAUGCAGAAGUACUUUGUGAAAAAAUACACCCUUGUGGCUUUUGUAGGAAUUAAGAGGGAAAGUAGCAGUCAGGUGCUGCUGAUCAAACGCACAAUAGUAAGUGUGAGCAUCAGUAUUCAAACAGAAGAACAUGGCAGUACAGUUUAUCUUUGCCAAGCUGCAUAAAACACAAGGCUUCUGGAACAAUGUAUUUUAGAGUGAUGAGACCAAAGCAGAGAUGUUUGUUCAUGAUGAGGAGGAUCACGUUUUGGUGACAACCAAACAGCCGCUCAGCACAAACAAGCCCGGUGGUGGAGAUGUGAUGAUUUGGUAGAUACCAAAGUAUUCUACAGUACUGUCAUCUUUGUAUUUACAUUCUCUGGACUACAGCUGUUGUAAACAUGCUAAAUAAUAAGAUUAAAGGGCUCAUUUAAUCUAUAAAGUUCCCUCACAGUGAAUGCUUUGUGAAAAAGCUUUGUGUAGUUUAAAUAAACAAGAUAUAAACUUACAAAAUAUUCAAAGGUGAUUAAGUUUAAACAGUGACCUAAGCAGUGCAGUAAAUGAACAGAUCACAAGACAAGUUUUUGGGCAAGUGGUACUAUAACCGCGAUAACAUUUGGUGGUCUAUUUGUGUCUUCUUUUGUUUUUGCUUUGUUUUUAUGCUUACCCUAAAAUUGUAAGGCAGCUCUCACUGACAUUUUAGUUACGUUUUUCAGUGCAGAAAUAUGACUGAAGGAUCACGUACCCGUGAAAUACUUGAAAAAGGAACCAAUAUUUUCUGAUUCAGUUGGAGAAGAAGGAUGUCUCAUUCACAUUCAGCGCUCAUUCAUAUUCUCCUGACGCUCGUGCUACAACAGGCAGGAAGACCAGCAGCUGGAGGCUCUUAAACCCAUUGGGAUGAGCCUCAUCAAUCCUGAAUGAUGUUAUUUGGCCUCAGCUCAGUCUCCUUCACAGGGCAAAGCUCAUUUCAACAUCCAUCAAUGCUGAGCUCAAAAGAGGCUUUAAAUAUCUCACUGCAGCUGUUAAGAACCGCCAAUGAAUUACCCUGGAAGUGUGUGUCUGUUUUUCCCCCCAGUCACACUCUGUGUUAAUUGGUAGUUAUGGCAGUGAAACCGUACAGUGUGAUGGUGAUGAGGGUAAUGCUGCUGCUAAUGCUCUUCCUUUUCCCAUCUGAGCAUCUUUGAGUCAUAAGGCAGCAGCGCAGCCUGAAUCGGGGGAUUAUUUUUGUUUGUGUGGAGAAAUACUGUAGCUGAACCCUCGGGGGUUCGCACACUGAGAGCAGUGAUGUGUUUACUCGAGCGUUUGUUUUCUUUGGACAGGUGACAACACAGUCUCUUUAGCAAUUAAUAAAACUGUGAUCGGAAAUGACUCGAGGUUGGUGGCCAUAAGGCGACGCCAUGCAUUAGAAAUCAGGGCCGAUUCUUUGUGUUUAAUGUGUUAGCAUACCCCCUCCCCCCUCCAACAAAAGGACUUGCUGACAGUUUUCACUACUAAACUCAGAACUUUCACCUUUUUAACAUUCUCGCCUAGUUUUUCCAUUAUUCAUGACCUUUUUGUAACACUUCAGAAAAAGGAAAUGUCAGCGUGUGAACAAGUGCUUAUCAAGAAAGUAAGCCACAAUAUCUGAACAGCUUCUGAUUACUCUGUGAUUUGUUAUGUUUCUAAAGUCGUUCAGGGACGUUUCCAGCAGAAGAAAGACAACUUUUUAUCUUUUUUUCCUUUUAUAUGAACAUGAGUCACUUGUUGAGGGACAUAGGUGAAUGGACUCAUUUUGUAUCUAUUUAGCACAGGAACCAAGCUGUAAAUGCUGUAAAUGCUAAGACUGUAGAUGCGUAAUGACAACUACUUCAGGUGUACAUUAUACGAAGCAUGGAUGAUGAUUAGGAGUGCUGCAGUUAUCUUACAUAGGCAUCCAGAUCAUUUUUUUAUUUUCUACACUGUGAUGUAGUUCAGUUUAAACCCUCUAAAGACAAAGCCAACCAAAUCCCAUCAAUGUUUGUUUGAUAUAGACAGCUGCGAUUCACCCAUAAAUAUUUUUAAUUGUAUUAUUUUUUUUCUCAAAUUAAUAGUCAUUUCGAAAAGUAUAACAAUGUUUUUGAGAACAAUGUACAAGUUUUUAUAUAUGUGGAAAUCACGGACUUUAUUUGGGUGUAAGAAGCAAGUAAUUGUGAUGCAUAGAAAAUGAAAAACCUGCCAAAGUGUCUUAAAACUGCAUGUAAUGACUGCAUACGUCAUAAUAAUUAAGCUCUUUGAGAGUACGGCUAACAUGACAUUGAUCGGACAUAUGUAUCUUUCCUAGCUAAAGAAGACAUGGAAGUUAUAGGGCAUUAUUACAACAAUGAACCAACACUGUCCAAAUAUAGUGACAACUAGCAUAGCGAGGUAAGGUCUCGGUUGUUGUUCGGGGUUAUUUAACCUCUAUUUUCAACAUUGACUUUUAUUAUUAUGGCUACGUAAUGAUUUGUUAGCCUCUUGGUUAACAUUAAGACUAUAAUCCGUAAAUUCAGGAAAUAGAUAAAAAAAGGUCACCUGGUUAGUACUGCAGGCAUCCCAAAGUUCGCAUCUUGUAUUUUUGGUCCAAAAGAGUAAUAAUUUAUUCUUUGAAAGUCCACUCCUGUGGUUUCACUUUGAAAAGAAAAAAAAUAUAAAAACACAACUGUUAAAUCGCCUAAACUUACGUCUUGUUGUCCAAAAGGCAGUGAACUGACAAUUACAAUUAACUGACAUUAACUAAUUUAGGGGUUUAGCAAAAAGGUAAGUUUUCCUUUUAAAUCAGCUAUCUAGAAUUCCUAAAAAAUGUGUCGUCUACCAGAUUGGGAUUAAUAAUUACUUCCAAAGUAUCCAAACCCUCUUUGUUGCAUUAACGUUAGUGAUGACACAGCGCAUCCUUAAAUGUAUUUAUUCUUCCUAAGAUACUAUGAUCUUUGGCAGAUGAGCCCGAACAAUCCACAUUUGAUAAUCAGUUUUAUUUUAUAGUUUGUAGAGAGAAAUUUGACAAUCCCCUGUGAAGAAGCAUUCGUCUGCAGUGGGUAAAAUAAUAUCAGCACUCCUCUUCAGCCGGCUUCGUACUUGUGAGUGUGAAUAGUGACAUGAAUUAUAUUUACUGCACAGAUUAAUAUAUUUUAUGCAUGUUGAGUUGUUGUAUAGAAUCUAUCAUAUCUAUUAUAUUUUUAAAAAAUAGUAAAUGUUUAAUGUUUUUAAAUACGUCCCAGGAUUGUAUUUAUAUAUCUGCAUGCCCAGUUCAAGAUCCCAGGUUGUAUUACAGAUGUGAGACAGAUUGUGUGAUCAGAUUGUGCUGCAGAUGUAAUACUGAUGAAGUGCCUGUAAUAUUUUGAGAUGAAACAUAUCCACCAUGACAAAGAGUUGAUACACAUCUGCAUGAAGCCUCCUUGUUGUUCUCUGUGAAUGCUGCUCUAGGACUGCAUUUGCCUGGAAGGUUUAUUUGUCAAGGCCCUGACCAGGGCUGAAGUCAGACAAGUGCAAAGCCAGUGAGGAGAGAGAUGAAACAGUUUCAGAAACCAAGACCAAAAAGUUUUAUUUCAUGCAUUAGCAAAUUCAGUUUUAGAACAUUUAACAGAUUAUCAGUUUUAAAUGCAAUCUACUUUUGGCUUCUUCAGAUCUGUUGCCCACAUUGGCCUUUUACAAAUGAGAACAAUGUACUUUUUAAAUAGGUAAGCUAUUUAAUUUGAUAUUUUUUUUAAUCGGGUGACAGCAUAGUUUAUGCUAAUUAUGAUAGCAUCGUUUUACCUUUUAUGGUAAAUCACUGUUUUUGUGCGUAUUAAACACAUACGGUGUAAGCGUGUCAAACUAUAGCAGUGCUGUUGGGUUUAUCUUUUUCUGUGGACAAAGUCUGGUUAGCUAUAUAUUGCUACUAUCAGUGUUUACGCUAAGCUAGGCUAAUCACCUUCUGGGUCUAGCUCUGCUCUUAAGACACAAACAUGAAAGUAACUAAUCUUCUCAUGCAGCUGUAAUGUGCAAGUGUAAUUUCUUAAAAUAUCCAGGUAUUGGUUUUCAUGUUUUAUAAUUAGAGUAAAACCUGGCUUAAAAUUAACAAUUUUAAGAUUCCUGUGAUUAGUGGUUAUAUUUAGGUACUGGCAGGUUUUGGUCAUCGUCUGCUUUGAGGCACUAACACUGAUUAAAAACAAUGUUUUUCCAUGCAAUUAGACCUGACCUCAGUGGUGUGUAGGCUAUAAGGCUAAUUUGAUGCUUUAUUCACACUAUUCACUUCAAAAUCUCGAGCUGACGCCAUAGUUUUGGGCUAACUGGGGGGAAAAACUGAAUAGCAUUAUAUUUCUACGAGACAAAGAUAAAGCAAUGUGUCUAACUUCUAUCUUGUUUCUGGCCUCCCUGAGAAGUAUAGCUGUAUAAGGUCAAGUUCAUGAGUCAUUUCAGGCCUAUAAAGAGACAGUGGACAUCGAUCCUGAUCUUGCACUGACUAUUCUGCAGCCCUGGUCUGGGCUGUGCAUGCUGAGCUCCCGCAGCACCCAGAAAGCACUUUUUGUACCAAGUUGUCAUUGCCAAUAAAAACCAGAAGAUCCCUGCUGUGGUAACGUCUGCCUGCCAUCUGUUUUCUUGGGUCCUCUCCUCACUUGUGAGCAUGGCUUGGAUGUCUUAAUUCUGAAAAUUAGGUUUUUGUAGUUAAAAACAAAAACAUACGUCACUGAUUGAAUUUUAAAUCUUUGUGCUUAAGGACAAGAGCAAAUCAAGAGUGGAUUAGAGACUGAAGGAAGCAUCUUAUGUUUUGUAUUUGUUUGUGCAGAAUAUAGCUUAAUCUUUGGUGACAGACGCCUUAGAUUUAACCCACAAAUAUGGAUUUGCAGCUUGUUAGCUGUUUCAAGUCCAUAGUCACAGAGCCUUUGUUUUAUUUUGUAAGUCUAGCUUUAACAGGGUUUGAUAGUACACAGACAUUUAUGACUUUGAAGUGGCGGACGAGAUCCUCUAAUACAGCUAGUGUGAUAUCCUACUAGCAAUUGUCUGAUUAUUUAUCCACUGUGGACACCAGCCUUUAGGUGAAACCAGUGACAGUGGACACCUGAAACUUAAUGUUCUGUGUGCCCGUUAUUACUAAAAGUGGACUGGUUUAAAGACACUGAAUCUUCAAUAGAUGUCAGGUUUUUAAGUUUGUAUUUUCGCAAAUACAACCUAGAUUUUGGUCUCCACACCACACUGUUUACAUGCAGGCAAAAAAAACAGGAUUGGCUUAAUUCAAAAGUGGACAUUUGUUGCACACAGAUGUUUUGCUUUGGCAGCAACUUAAACAACUGAGUUAAAUUAACACAAGUCACUCAAACAUGAGGCAGUUGUAUUAAAUACAAGAAGCUUACAUAAAUUCAGGAGAUGGCCAGUCUCGUUUUUUCAGUGAAACUAUGAAUAAACUACAAACCCAGAAAGAUUCCAGUAACAAAAAUCACACAUUCUCCAUAUUCAUGUGCAUACUGCUGUUAUAGAGAUCACAGAGCAGUCAUAAUGAGGCACAAAUCACCCAUAGAGAUGCAAGAUGAGCACAAACAGACAGGAAAUGUUUAGAGGGAUGCAAAAGAAAUGCACUCAAAGCGACCAAAAACAACCACAAAGAGUGCAACCCCCCCCCAAAAAAACAUCUACAGGGACACAAAAUGCCUGAAAAAAAUGAAUACAAAUAAAAAAUCAUGUCUGGAUCCUUGGUAAAUGGGGUAGAGGGCCAUGGCCUCAUGACUUUGCACACUUUACCUGACUGAUUUCCACCUCUAUUACUCAUUAACAACACCAGAAAUGCCAAACUAACCAAACAGACUUGGAUUUAAAAACUGUCCGUGUCUUCCCCUCCAGUGAAACCUUUAAAACUCGCCUCUGAUCCACACUGCUUCAUUUCUCCGAACACUUUCUCAGUGCGCUGGUAAAAAAGCGCGAAAACCGUGUGUCGGCUGGACUGAUGCUGGAACGUCAUCACCGCGCUUACUCUGUUUCUUAGCAACAGAAAACAUCAGCCUCCGCCAGGACCAAUGAGGGCGGGCGCUGAGCGGAGUGUGUUGUCUCCUGUUGCUGUGAACGGGAUAUUUUAGGAGUCUGGAGAGCAGCGAGCGUGUCACCCCGACAGGAGCUCGAGCUCUGCGCACGUCCGCCCGUCUGUGUUUCUGUUUGAACCCACACAGGCUGUGACUGCAGGCGAGCUGGAGAAGCGCUAGAUCGCUGUGAGUACGGUGGAUGAGGCGCCCAGGAGAGGACAUCACGGUAGAGAGAGGAAAGGAGGUUUUAAAAACUGCUGCUCGACAAAAUUAUUUAAAGCAGGAGUCUGAGGGCGAUGUGGAGGAUCAGAUCAGCUCUGAUUUAAACUCCGGUCUGAGAGCUGAAUCGACCGUGGACCAAUCGGCAGCAGCUCCUUCCCCGUGAGAGAGACCAAACCAUUCAACAACGUCGAAAGUUGCUUACUUCAAGAGGAAAUAUGCGGAGGAGGAGGAUUUACACCGAGGCCUACGUGGAUAUUUUCAAAAACACUUGAUACUGCAGGAGGACCGGAGCUGCAUCCUGAGGCUGUCCCUGGAGAAGCUAAGGUUCCUGGAAGAUCCCGAGGCCUACCUGAGGCGCUCCGUCCUCAUCAACAACCUACUGAGAAAAAUCCACCAUGAGGAGGAGGAGCUGGAGGCUGAGGAGGAGGAAGAAGAAGAUGAAGUAGAUGAAGAGGAAGAAGAGGAGGGGGUUAUUGGGGAUAGGGGGCAGCGGAGGCUGAUGUACCCAGACAGGAAGAGAGUGAAGGUGCUGGUGACAGACUGUUGCUCCCCGGGCUUUGGCCUGGAGGAGCUGCAGCACUACCGGCUGGUGCCGUGUUAUCCGUCAGCUGGUUGCCUGUACGGCCUGGGUACCUGCCCAGGCCUCACCCCAAACCACCAGGUCCUCCUGUACAACCUGGAUGACAAUGGCUGACACUCUGCUCCUCACCGCCAGGCCUCUUUUCAAAGCUGGGAACUGCAGCGUCAGUUCAUGUCACAGGCACGUGGACUCGCACUGUUUGCUCCAACCAGCAGGAGGAAGGCUGCUGCUGCUGCUGCUGCUGUUUUUCUCCCUGUUCGCUAAAAAUGCUUUGAGGGGAAUGUGUUGCAGGCUCUGUUUCGUGCAUCAGCAGGAUGUCGUCUCUUCUCGUCACCUUGCUGAGAAGCAGUGGUGGAUUCAAGAAGCUGAGAGACCAUUUUCUUCUUCUUCUUCUGCCUCAGGAGUGUUGAUAUUAAACUCUGCUGCAGCAUUACUGCUAUUUACUGUUUGUGCAAAUGUAAGAGACUUUAAGCAGGCAGCAUCUUUUUUUUUAAAUUCUUUGCAGCUGUAGUAUUAUUGAUUUUUAUUGUUACUGUUGCUCAUGUAAACUGUGAGCGCAUUCAGGGAUUUACAGACUGCUGGCUACUUUUGAUGCACCUUGGCUUGCGUGGAGAAUAUUUGCUGACGUGCUUCUGUUAUCUUUUUAUGCUACUGUGUGAUUUAUGAAAUAUUCUGUGUAACAUUCCCUGGAUCGUGUGAAUUCUCCUGCUAUGAAGAACUCAAGGCACUCAUUCCCCCGGGGUGCGUUUACUGCCCGUGGGAAGACUGUUUUCUGUCUGUGGUCGAUGUCCCGUGAUUAUGUUUUCAUUUUGCAGCACUUUGCUGCCCUCUGCUGGUGAAAAAAAUAUUCAGCACAAGCAUUUCUUAGUAGUCUGUGGUCAAAUAAGAAAACAGAGGAAUGCUUUGUUUUAAACCUCACUCUGAUUUAGCAUUAACAGAUGUUAUAUACAGAUUAUAACCCACUGUAGUUGUAACGAGAUUUGUCAACAACUAUAACAUCUGCUGAAACAUACAAUAUAGCAAACAUUUAACGCAUGUUUUCAAAUGAGUUAUAACUGUUGGCAAACACUAUUAUUACCAUACUAAGCACCAACCUGUAGUCUGCAUAGUCUAAAUAUCCCACAUUAUACAUAUAUGUAUAAUAAAGAGAGAUAAUGCUAGUGGCAGUAAAUGCCUAAAUAUAAAAGAAAAAAAUAAUUUUUUGCUAUCUAAAAAGGAGGAAAUAUUUUUUUGUCAGUUCUAUGAAGUCAAAAUACUUUUUUUCUGAUACCAAAUAUUGCUUUUUGUGAAUGCAUUUCAGCCUCGUGGUGUUUUAAUGCUGGAUUUCAGAGACCAGAAGGCCUUUAACUUGAUGUUGCAUUCCAUUUUUUUCUUACUACAGUUCCAGCACCAGUAGUGUUUUCACAGAGGACCGAGGUUUGCUAAAGUGGUCAGAAAAUAGGUUAUUUAACACGGCACAUUGGUGCUUUAUAAAGCCGAUUUACCUGCUGUAUGACAACAGUGAUUGGUUAUCAAUCCUUCUUCUGUGUCUUUUCGUGUGUUCAGUGUCUAUCCAGGAGUUUUACUGAUUUUGACAAUGUGCAUCUUGAUAACAAUCACUUAAAUGGAAAAAUAAAGUAAAAUAAGGUAAAACAACAAUGACAAACUAAAGGCAACUAUUAAAGAGAAGCUUGAUAUUUUAAAUCAAGAAUUUAUAUUUUGAUGAAUAUGAAUAGUCUGUAUUUAAGAAACUAUUUUGAAAAAGGACCGUUAAACUUUUUUCAUGUGAUUGAUUAUCAAAUAAAGUAUGUAAUGUGA